AUGGAGAGCGUAGCAGAGUCAUUGACAUCGGGCAAACGGAAGCAUGGAGACACAGUCGACGACUUUGACGAUAUUGAUGGGGCAGCCUUGUUUCAGGACAAUGGUGACAAUUACACGGCAGACAUUAAUCGUCGCGACUCGUAUCCGGCCUCCUCAGCAACCUCCUCGAGCCAACAACAACAACAACAACAACAACACCAACAAAUCUCGUUUCAGAGCAGAAAGGAUAAGGCCAACGCUGCUGUCCAACGGUCAAUGCCAUUAGCAGAGCGAGGCAAGUCCCGACCCGCUAGUCUGGACGACUUCAUUGGACAAAAGGAGUUGGUCGGCCCUGGAGGCAUUCUAAGGGCGCUUGUACUUCAGGACACGGUACCAUCAAUCAUCCUGUGGGGUCCCUGUGGUGUAGGCAAAACGACUCUAGCCAGGAUCAUUGCACAUACAACAAAGGCACAGUUCAAGGAGAUGGGAGCUACCACUCAUGGAGUCGCAGACGUCAGCCAUCGGUUUACAAAAUCACAACAGGAUAUCUUCCUCCCCUUCGUUGAGAGAGGCACGAUUACUCUCAUUGGAGCAACGACCGAGAACCCAAGUUUCAGGGUGAACAGUGCUCUGCUCUCACGGUGCAGAGUCUUGACACUUGAGAAACUGUCGCUCGAGGAUGGGAUGGACAAGAUGAUCCAAAGGGCUGCACGGAUCAAAUGGCGGGAUAUUCUGGAUAUGGCCUGUGCAGAGAUGACCGAAACCGAGUUGGCGACCUUGAACUCUACAUUUGGACAGAAUGAUCGGACGUUUGAUGAGUGGGUGGAUGCAAAGACGGAGCCGGGGGCUAUCAAAUGGCUCAUUGAUCUCAGUGACGGCGAUGGUCGAUCGGCGAUCAACACUCUGGAGAUUGGAAUUCAGGGCCUUUCGACUAUAAUUUUAUCCGACGACUCUAUGUACGGCAAUAGUCAAAAAGAACAAGAGGACCAAGCAGAGGACAGGCAACCAUCCGGAGUUCUUGAGAGACUGAACGCUGCCAAGCUGACAGGAGAGGUUGUCAAGAUGGCGUUCCAAAAGACCCAUCUCCAAUACGAUCGUCAAGGAGAUGAGCACUAUAACCUGAUCAGUGCACUUCACAAGUCUGUCCGAGGAGGGGAUGCGGAUGCGGCGCUCUAUUGGCUGGGGAGGAUGCUUGUAUCUGGCGAGGAACCGUUGUAUAUUGCCCGGAGAUUGAUCCGCAUGGCGUCCGAAGACAUUGGCAUGGCCGACUCUGCCGCCCUACCUCUGGCGGUAUCAACGUACCAAGCGUGCCAGAUGAUUGGAAUGCCCGAGUGCGACGUCAACCUAGCCCAUUGCGUAGCCUAUAUGGCCAAGGCCAAGAAAUCCGUCGAUGUUUACUAUGCCUACGGGCAAGUAAAACAGACAGUGUCCGAAGAAUUCGCAUACCCAAUCCCGAUCCAUCUCCGAAACGCACCGACGACAUUGAUGAAGGAUCUAGGCUAUGGCGACGAAUACAAGUAUAACCCGCUCUACCCGGAGGGGACCAAGGUCGAUCAGGAGUAUUUGCCAAAGGGGCUGAAGAAGCGCAAGUUUAUGGGCGAAGCACCUGUGAUGACCCUGGGCGAGGACGGAGAAUGGCGUUUGUAG